AUGCCCUUCGGCCUAGCCAAUGCCCCCAGCACUUCAGAGGUUGAUGAAUCAGGUACUUGCACAGUUAAUACCAACCUCGUGUUUAGUCUACAUGGAUGAUAUAAUCGUCCUCGGAAAGGACUUUGAUAGCCACCUUAAUAAUAUCAGGGCUGUGUUUAGCAGUCUCCGACAGGCAGGGUUAACCCUGAAGCCAUCCAAAUGUGUUUUCAUAAAGCUCCGUGUGAAGUUUUUAGGCCAUGUAGUCUCAGCCGCGGGGAUAGAGACUGACGACGAAAAGGUCACACAAAUCCGUGAGUGGCCCACUCCCUCAGAUGUGACGGAGGUCCGCAGUUUCCUAGGCCUCGCCUCCUAUUACAGGCGAUUUAUUAAGGACUACGCCGAAAUUGCUGGGCCGCUCCACAAGCUAACCCAGAAAAACGUAAAGUUCAAGUGGACUGCUGACUGCACCAACAGCUUCCAGACGCUGAAAGAUAAACUAUGUUCCACCCCAAUUCUAGUCUUUCCUGAUAUUAGUAAUGAUGCCGGAAAGUUCAUCCUUGAUACCGGUACCAGCGACACCGCAAUCGGCGCGGUUCUCUCUCAACAAUAG